AGAUCCGUCGGAUGGCCGCACGUCCACCUCUGGCAACACUGGGCUGCACCUUUACGCACUCUAGCUGUGCGUUCGCCGUCAUCCGGGAAUAGAGCCGCGCGAUCCCUUUUGACCGAAUAACGGGUCUCUUUUUAAGUCGAGAUAGUUGAAUGGAUUUUCAGGUACACUUUACUGAAACUAGGGAAUUAGAACCGUACGAUCUUCAAGAGGCUGUUCGGGGCCGCUUGGCUCGUGUGCGUAAAUGCUCUCCACUUAGAUUAUCGCCUAAGAAAUGCGUCUCUUUGGCGAUAUUUAAAUCGCUCCGGUGAAUAUUGUCCUGAAUCUGAUUUUUUUUUAAUCUGAGAUUUAAAGUCGUUGGAGGAGAAGAUGAACCUGUGUAUCGUCAGUCUUUUCCUCACUCUGGAUUUAGCCACCGUGGCGCUCAGUUUGUCCACAUGCAGCACGCUGGACAUGGAUCAGUUCAAAAAGAAACGCAUCGAGGCCAUCCGAGGGCAGAUCUUGAGCAAGCUGAAGCUCAGCAGCCCCCCGGAGGACUUCCCCGAGCCCGAGGAGGUGUCUCGGGACAUUGUGGCCAUUUACAACAGCACGCGCGACCUGCUGCAGGAAAAGGCGAACGAACGGGCGGCGACGUGCGAGCGGCAGCGCAGCGAGGAGGAGUAUUACGCCAAGGAGGUGCACAAGAUCGACAUGCAGCCGUUCUACCCGUCAGAGAAUGUCAUCUCUCCUACACACUUCAACCCUUACUUCAGACGGCUGACAUUUGAUGUGUCCUCCAUGGAGAAGAACGCCUCCAACCUGGUGAAGGCUGAACUCCGGAUCUUCCGUCUUCAAAACCACGGGGCCCGAGUGUCUGAGCAGCGCAUCGAACUUUACCAGAUUUUAGGACACAAAGACCUGACGUCUCCAACACAGCGAUAUAUUGACAGCAAGGUGGUGCGAACACAAACAGAGGGAGAAUGGCUGUCCUUCGACGUGACAGAGGCAGUAAGUGAGUGGCUGAACCACAGAGACAGAAACAGUGGAUUCAAGAUCAGCCUGCACUGCCCGUGCUGCACGUUUGUACCAUCCAAUAACUACAUUAUUCCUAACAAGAGUGAGGAGCUGGAGGCACGGUUUGCAGGUAUCGAUGACAGCUUUGUCCAUGGCAGUGACCUGAAGGUUUUUAAGAAGCGGCGGCACAGCACGCGGGCUCCACACCUUCUCCUCAUGCUGCUGCCUUCGUACCGGCUAGAGUCCCAGUCCCAGUCCCAGUACCCACACCAUCGCUCCAAGAGAGCCCUGGAUGCUGCCUACUGCUCCAGGAACGUUCAGGAUAAUUGCUGUUUACGGUCCCUCUACAUUGAUUUUAAGAAGGAUCUGGGCUGGAGGUGGAUCCACGAGCCAAAGGGGUAUGAGGCCAACUUCUGUGCCGGGGCCUGUCCGUAUCUGUGGAGCGCCGACACCCAGCAUUCCAAGGUGUUAGGCCUUUAUAACACCAUCAACCCUGAAGCGUCAGCAUCACCCUGCUGCGUCUCCCAGGACCUGGAGCCCCUCACCAUCCUCUACUACAUUGGCAAGACCCCCAAAAUAGAGCAGCUCUCCAACAUGAAGGUCAAGUCCUGCAAGUGCAGCUAGAAGCCCUUACAAACCAGCACAAACACCCCCCCCCCCUCUCUCUCUCUCUGUCUGUCUCUCUCUCUCUCUCUUUCUUUCUCUCUCCUUCCACACACACACACAAACAGACACACAUACACAAAAUAGAUUUGGACAUAUAUGCAGUCAAACUGUACUUUCUCUUACAUGCACUAUUAAACUCAGAGCAGUGUUUCCACACAGGCGCAGUCAGGAGUGGUGUGCUGCAGAAUGGAGGUACAGACAGAUCCAAUGCUACAAGAAGUGUCAUCAUGAUGCCACAAACAUGACUUUGAUACCAGUGCUGAGAAACACAAGUACGGUGUUGCAUUGCAGUAUUUGGGUGACAUAUGUUAACACUGGUGAUAAGCAGACUAGGGCCUGUGUGCAGAGAUUUGUCUUCUCAGCUUGUUGUAGGAUCUUAUUACUAUUGUUUUGGCACAGAAACUUCAUUGGUAAUUAGCUGCAAAUAUUUAAAGCUUUGGCCAGCUGUGGGGAUUAGGAAUUUAAAUACUCAUUAUAUUUGGCACCAAAUCUGAGAAAAUGCCUGAAAAGCCCUGUGAGACACAAAGCCAGAACAGCAUGCUAGCUCCAACAAGUUGAAGAUUUAUAACGUUAGCCAUGUGAUGCUAACAGUUAGCCUUGUCAGUGAUGCUGGGAGAAGUUUACCUCAAUAGCUUUUUGUCAGAAAGGGAUUUCUUGUUAAAAGUUAGGAAGUAGUGGUUUGUGUUAAAGUUUAAAAAAGAACCUGAUAUGCGAUGGACUCUUACCAACACCCCAGUGUGGAGCAGAGCCUGUUCUCACUCAGAACUCAUCAAAUAAUGCCGCUCUGUCAAUGCUUUUGGUGUAUGAGUGUGACGCCAAAAGCCACAUUCUGCAUCUAACCAAAACGCAGUUGGACAGCAUCAGAUGAGAAAGUGCUCGAACAGAAGUGGUGACGUUGUUAUGAUGCUGGUGGACACCGGGCACGUUCAUGUGCAACACACAAAGGCAGUGUCACUUAAGAACAGCAUCCCAGAGCGUAAACAGCUGAUGCAGAAGGAUACCUAAAGCAUCAUGAGUAGACGGGGAACAUCACUGACAGAGCGGUACCAUGAGUUGGAGUGUUGGAUAAACAGAGAAAGAGAGCUGAGCAAUGAGGGGCUGAACAAAUCAAUAUGCUGCACAAAGCUCUGCAAUGAAGUAAGAUAUCACCCAUUUAAAAUAGUUCAAAUUUCACAAUAAAAAAUUAACACUUUAUUUAUGAUUUCGUCAUUGUCAGUUCUCACACAAAAAAAAUUCCCAAAAUUGAAAAUGGAAUAGCAACAUAAACAAAAAAUCUCUGAAUUGCUUAAUAAUAAGGUCCCGUCCCAAUUUGUUGUGUCAAAUUUGACUUGAGGAGCUUUUGGCUAUCCAUACAUACAUAUUUUUAUACCUAUUAAAUCUUGUUCUCCCGCAGGAGUGUAAGAACAGUUAUUUGGGGCUACACUGUGGUCUGCAUGACAUUGUGUGAAUGUUCUGAUGUGGCCAAAUAAACAACAUUAGGCAGCUACAAGGAAGAAUGCCCCCACAUUCAAGAAUGUGCAGGGGAAAACCAUGAAAUAAAGCAGUGGAGGGUUUGACAUGUUAAUCACGGCUGUCUUUGAGUGAAAUAGUACCAUAUUUGGCUCCUGGCAACAGUUUAUGAAGCAGAUUCAGUGGAAUGGGAUCCAGUUCAUGACAUGAGAAACUGGUUGAUACCAAGCAGCAACUGUGUGUUGACUUCACUGAAGUGCCAUAAUAUGCAAAACUAUUAAGAGCAAGUAGAAAUUGGUUUUAAAAAAUCUGGCUAAUAUGAAAUGUAUUUUAUAAAGAAGUCCCCAACUGAUAAAUCUCGUUUAAAAAAAAAAGAAAAAACAUGCACAACAGAAAUGCCAAAAAUAAAUUUGAGGCCACAAAACAACAGGUGAAUGUUUAUCAAGUUAUCUCUAGCAGUGGUAUCAAAGUCAUGCAAAAGUGUGGAUUGUUGUGACCCCACUGCAUAGAACACAUGCAGUAUAUGCUACACUUGCAUAGAUACACACGCGUACAGUGACACAGAUAUGGCUUUUGUACCGGUAUGUCCCUUGCUGCAUUUUGAAGGCCCUGUCAACAUGCAUCACCUCACGACUGUCACACCGAGACACAAGAGUAAGGCAAACACUGGAAGUAUAAGUGAUAAGUGUCUAUAUGUGAAACAAGUCCUGAAAUCAAUAACAGCCCCACCCCUGACACCCACCCCCACCACAGUCACCCCACACCAGGUCCUCAUUUAUUUCUUUGUCUCUGUUUGUAGUGCUCUAAAUCUCACCAUUGUUUGUUUAUUUAAGAUGUUCAUGGUUCUGGUUUAGCACCCUGCAAAUUUUGACCCAGGUGGAGAGCUGGCUGUUGUCAACCUCAAACUGAUGAUAUACAUGUAUCUGUAUAUUAUCUAAUCCAUUUUGUAAUUUACAAAUGUUGGAAUGUAUUCAUUUGGAAAGAUACAUGAGCCACCAAAUGAGGAAAACAGGUACGUGACAUGGGGGCUCCUUAAUGGAUAAUUCCAGUUUAUUAUAACAUUGAUCCUCUUUUUGUAGUUGGUAGUCAUUUCCAUUAAACCCUUUGAAACCUGAACAAAUUGGUUUGAUUCUUUUCAAAAAUCAUAGUGAGAAGGAAACAAGCAACUGAAUAAGAGACAAAUCAUCCAACAGUUAACUAAAAAGUUACAAGAAAACUACCUGAAAAUAAGUAAAACAAAAGUAAAAAAAAAAAAAAA